AUUCCCCACCCCAGCCCCGCGGUCCAGCCUUCCCUCAGCUAGCGGCGCCGAAAGAAAACCUAGGCGGCGGCGGCGGCGGCGAAAGAAAUCCUAGGUGGUGGCGGCGGCGGCAGCAGGUCCGGCGACCGGCGACCCGGCCUCGACGGCGCGCGGAUCCGGCUCCAUCCCCACCUCUCGUGAGCACCACCUCCCUCCCAGCUCCCGGCUCCCCUGUGUUCAUCUGUGUAACUUCGUGGCGCCGUCGCUGUUAGGCUGCUACGCUUAUGUUGAGAUCGUCUCCCGUGAACGACCUCAUGGGAUUUUUUUGAGUUCGUUAGCGGUCAAUUGCGAUUCUUCUCCGUGUGUUUCACUUGGAUCAAAUUAGUGAUUUGGUUCGUGCAAUCGAGCUCUGCCUUGUGGCCAUCGCCAUUCGCCUGCAAGCUAUGAACUCUGCUCGCGGACGUGUAGUUAGUUUCAGAAUUCGGAUGGUGUCAGUUCUGUCGAAGUGUUCACAGUAGUUCAACUGCAUUUCUGAAAACUAAGGAAUGGAAGAAUUUUCUAAUUAAUUUCCAUGAAGAAAGGGGCUUAAAAUCUUGUGCAUCUAGGGAUCCAAACAUGUGUUCCUCAUACAGUCAAUGGCCAAAAUGUUAAGUUCAAAAAAGGAACAAACCUUCGUCAGCUGAACAGAGAAAUUGGAAUAUUCCACAUCUGUCCCCUCGCGCAGGCCUCGCCGCGGUGCGGUGCCGUGCGGAGCGGAGGCGAGGUGGCGCGCGGCGGGUGACGCGCCGGAAACUGGGACACCGUGGGUGGGGCAGCACGGCAGGUGGUGCACGGCGGGUGGGGCGGCGGCGAGGUGGAGUGCGGCGGGUGGGGCGCCGGCGAGGAGGGGCAUCGGGAAGAUCUCGUGCCGCCGUCGCCGCCGAGAAGAGCUCGGGCGGCCGCCGGAAAGAUCUCGGGCCGCUACCGUCGGGAGGAGCUCAGGCUACCGCCUGGCAAGAAGAGCUCGGGCAGCACCGGUGGGAUGGCCUGGGACGAGCGAGCAGAGGAAAUGAGAGCGCAAAUAUGUUCUCAAUGGUUUGUGCAAAGGACUGCCGGUUCAGAAUGAGAUGUUCCAGCUUUAUACUUUUGUGAUGUCGAACAUGACAGCUAUAUUCUUGUCGGUGUCAUUCCUUUCAUCCUGGUCUAGCACCAAUGCAUCAGGCUAGAAAAGAAGUACGAUGUCAUAUAGAAGUAGUUUUGUAAUUAGACUUCAUUUAAUACCUCUAAUUAUUGGUUAAAGGGCCAACAAAAUUUCAUGAAAACUUUUUCAAUGACCAACCAAACACGGCUCUAGCUGCGGGGCGAGCGUCCACGUGGCACUGUAGGUCGGAUCGGCACGAGCUCUCCUGCCAAAGGCCGCGUCGACGCGUCGUCCAUGUGAUGUCUAGCCCCAAGAGUGGAGCGAGCACUGUACAGCCCUGCCCCAACCCGGCCACCCCUACCCCUACCCGUGAAUUUGCGGUUUUUACGGCAACCAUCUCGCGAGCCGCACGAGCACAAACCACGAACACCGUAGCCGCGCUCGCCAUGUAUCGCGAGUAGACGGCAUUCAAAAGGUGUCCUCACGAGUCGCGGCCCGGGCGCUGAUAUUUCGUCGGACGCACCGCCUCCGUAUCCAAUCCCCGCAGAGCAGUUCCCUCGAGUCCAGCGGUUGCAUGCCUAGCUUCUACAAGAAGGAAACCGCUUGGUAUUUGCUCUCCUCUUCUUCUUCCUCCGUCGCCUCUGGGUUCUCUGGUUCUUUUGCGGUUUUGCCCCCUAAUUCUUUACCAGCAUUGUCGUGCCGACUUCCGGGAUGAUCUCUGUGUGCUUGCUUGUGCUAUUUUUACUGAUGAAUGAAUUGAUACUUGUCUUUAGUAUUUGUUUGCCGAUUGGUUUAGGCUGGGCGAAUCGGGGCCUCGGCCCUCGAGGGUUGAUCUCUCGUGGGGAUUAGCUGGGCUGUGCGUAGUCGGCAAUAAUUUUUUUUUAUGGAAACGGGGUGAGAGGAUGCCCAUCAAGAUUAUAUUCCACGGAGCUUUUGGCAGCUCAUAAAAGUAAUAGGUUAAGCAGCUUUAAAAAGCGUUUAACGAGAAGGAAGCGUUCGUGCGGUGAGGCUUUUCGAGCAAACAAUUUACUGGAAUUUUGUCUUUUUACUUGUUGGACCUUAGUCAUCAUUUCUUAUUUAGUUUGUGUCUUUGCUCUUGACCUACUUUUGUUCGGUGCAUGAAUUUGUUGACAAGUGAAUAAUAUACUUUGAGCAAACAAUUUACUGGAAUUUUUGUCCGAUCCAGACACCAGAAAUAGCUGACUUUCACAUGAAAGGUAUCAUUAUCUUAUGAAAAAAAAUGAAGGUAUAACUAAGGAAUUUUGACUCCUCAUUUGCUGAUCAGUCAAACCGAUCACAAUCGCUUAAAUGAAUUUACUGGAAAUGACCAAUCACUUGCAUUUCAAAUCCACAUUAUCUGUUUGUUUGAAAUAAUGGCCUUCAUUGUACAUUAUUUUCACUUCUAAAUCUUGUUGGGCAGCUGAAUCAUAUAUCGAGCACUCCUCUCGUGAGUCGGUCCAACUAGUUUGGACCCAGUAUGAGGCGCGCGCGAGAGAUGGGUCUGUUCUUCUGUAUGGGUGGCCUAUUAGGCUAGAACGCCCAUCUUCUCGACCGGCAAAAACAACACCACCCCACUGCCUGGCUGCCCGUCUUCUUCUGACCUCUUUCUUCCUCCGCAUCCACUGCCGCGACGGGACCUCGCCGCCCCACUGCCGCGGCGCGACCUCGCCGCCCCACUGACGCAACCUCGUCGGCUGUGCCGUGGGAGCUCCGGCCCCCUCGCAUCACCUGCUGGCGGGCCCGUGAGCUGACGACAAGGAAGGAGACAAAACAGAUGAGGGUGGAGAAUCGGAGGAGGAGAAUGGGAAAACAGAUGAGGUUGAAGAAUCUGAGGAGGAGGAGAAUGGGAAAACAGAUGAGGUUGAAGAAUCUGAGGAGGAGAAGAAUGGGAACAACGAUGGGGGCAAGGACAAGGAGAAGAAAUCAACCCGUGUUAACCAAAAAAUAAAAGGGAAAAAGAAAAAUAUGGAUGGCAGAAAUGUCCUAAAUGCUUUGAAAUGUAAACCAGGAAAUCAAUGGUAUUCAAAGGAGACUGCUCAGGCUCCCCUUUCAAGAAAGAAGAUAAUUGGACCCAGAAUUUGGGUGAUAAAGAAUCGCGAUUGCAACUCUUUAACAAGAUAGUUGACAAUGAAAACUUAAAGAGUGUUAGUUUCAUGAGUCUUCGUACGGUCCUUAGAUUGACUGAUGGAUGGCAAUUAUCGGGAAAAGAUAUUUCAAAAAGCUUUGCGGCGAAAACUUUUUGUGAAGACACGGUGGUGACAUUUUAUGUACGGUGUCUCAUUGAUGAUGAAGGUCAUCAUGGACCUGAUACUGUGGGUUACAGGAUCUUCCUGGAACCUAAAAUUGCUGAAUUGCUGUUGGCUCCCAAGGAUGAAUACAAUGCUAAUUUAAUUGCUAAAUACAUCAAGGAACAAUACAAUGCUCAGCAAAUUUUGGAAGCGAGGCAUAUAUUUGUGCCCGUCUGCUAUAAGUUGCACUUGACAGUUUAUGUUAUCAACAAAAAUUAUGAACAAAUCGAUAUAUUGGACUCCUGGACCUCGACGGUCAAUGACAAGCAAAAAUAUCACCAAAAGAUCGCAGUUUGUAUGAGGAAAAAGCUGAGUAAUGUUAUUUCGUUGAUCUCCAAGGAACACCCCAACUUCUCAGAUUGGAGCAUGCCAAUUAUACCUGCUAAAUAUAUCGCUCAGCAGGAACCCAGCAGUAUGGACUGCGGGUUCUUUGUGAUGAUGUUCAUGAAGCACUAUAAUCCAGAUACUCGUCAACUUGAGUUCUGUGACUCUGACUUUGAUGAUAUUAGGGGUAAGAUUCUCUGGUACUUACUCCAUCACAACUUGAAUGCAUCAGCUGAUUCACUACCUCCGGGUAUCAUCGACCGGGGAUCACCAUCUGAGCAAAAAUGGUUUACAUGAUCCAGAUCAGCCUUGGGAGAAGGGAAAAGUCCCUGAAGAUCAUGUGCUUUUGUUUAGAGAUGUAGCCUGGCUUUUGCUUUUAUGAUGUUCAGUACUAAGAUCUUGUGCAUUUCUUGAGUAACUUGGAAAGAAUGUACUCCAUGAAUGAACUGGUGUUAGCAAAAUGUUUGAACUGGUCAGUCUGUAGUAGUGGUGGUCAGAAGUUAUGAACUGAUGUGGUGCAGAUGUGCCAUGGUUGAUACCUGCUUGGAAGCUAGCAUUUUACCUGCCUAGGUCCUUAACUUGGAAAGAAUGUACUCCAUGAAUGAACUGGUGUUAGCAAAAUGUUUGAACUGGUCGGUCUGUAGUAGUGGUGGUCAGAAG